ACGCAGCCCAGUGCAGCAGAAAACAAAUCGAUUCUGAAACCAGUCAUGACAUUGAAGGGACAUAAACCAUGAAAAGUUGGAGGGCCAGAUUCGAGUUACGAGCGCAAACACAUUUCAUGCAUUUCCUAUUUUCCCGACGGCAAGCGGAUGAUCAGCGCAUCAGACGAUAAGACCAUUCGGCGAUGGGACCUGCGGGAGGGUAAGGAGAUCGAGAAGGCUCGGGAGGUUUGCGAGUAUGGUUUGAGCGCAGUGAGGGUAUCGAGGGAUGGUCGAUGGGUUGUCACUGCUGGUACUAAGGAACUCAAAGUCAGUGAAGUUGAGACGGGGAUCGUGAGAACAUUUCAUGAAGACACUGGCGCAAAGUUUGGGCCCACUCACAUCCAAAUCUCAGCGGAUAGCACGUUGCUAUUAGCGGGUAGGCUGUACAAUGGAACAGUGCGGAUAUGGAGGUUGGACACAGGCGAACUACUGCAGCUGGCUGGUCCAUUCGAAACUGGCGAUGAUAACUCAAGACUUCGAUUCUUGCAAGACUCUCGGAAGUUGGCGGUCCUAUCAGUUUUACGAGAUCAGGUCCAGGCGCAAUGGCUUCAGGUGUGGACCGUGUGGGAUGUCCAAGCAAAGAAAUUGCUUGUACAAAAAUCUAUUCCUAUCUAUAGGUGGUCAGAGUUCCCGGUCUUCUGGACAACAAAAGACAAAUCCAUCGUAACUGCAUUCUACUCCAAGAACGACCGCUUCACUACGAUCGAUGAGCUUGACGCGUCGACACUCAAGACUCUCGGGGCUCCCCUCCGACACGCUGAGGACAUCCAUUGUCUAGCACUCUCAUCCGAUUGUGUUCUUCUCGCCUGCUCUACCUUCAACAGUAUCGAGCUGUGGGCCUUCGAGUCCCGCCAGCUCCUCGCUUUGUUCGACGUCAGAUUUCCCAUGACCCUCAUCCUUUCGCCUGAUUCACGCCAACUAGCUUAUGCGACGUUCAAUGCUGCCGAAAUCUACAUAUGCAACAUUCCAACCGAUAUUCUUGCUACCAUCGGGCUUGCAGAAGAACCGCAACCUAGUGUAUGUAUUUCCCCAUAAAUACAUCAUUGAUACGCUAAUAUUCUUACAGAACAGCAAGUCUAAACACCCAUCCCAUGCUGAUUUACUUGACGUAUGUGGUUAUGUUCUUUUCUUCGUCUACAUCACACUGUCCUUCCUUGCAGUCCAAUGCAACACGUCGUCCCGUGCACCGUAAACCAAUGAUAAUGCCUGUCGUGUCUCACAUCCCUCGACCUUUGCAUACCAGGGACCCACAUCCUCGCCUCCGCUUUCUGUGCAAGCUCUUUCGCAUGGACACAACUCACACCGAUCGGCGUCUUAACCCCUUAGAC